AUGAAAGGUUAAAAAUUAUGGAAAAAAUUGAAGGGCUAUCUUCUUGAGAACUAAGACUAUAAGCCAGACAUAAAUGAAGUGCAAAUAUUUAAAAAAGAAAUCAAAGAUGAUAUAAUAAUCUAUUAUGUUGAAGAUGUAAUAGUCAAACAAUCCACCAAAUAAUUAUUACCUGAUAAAAGUUAAUUGAACCAAGUUAAUGAAAAUGAUAUAGAUAACACAGGUGUCUUUUAUUGGCCAUCAGAGAUCAUUUUAACAAAAUACAUAUUAAGCGAUCUUGACAGAAUCAAGAAUUACAAUAUAAUUGAACUUGGAGCAGGGAGAUCUGGUUUUUGUGGGAUCGUCCUAGCCAAAAAAGGAUUUAAUGUAAUUCUAACAGAUGGAAAUUAAUCUAUUAUAAAUGAUCUAAAGGAAAAUGUUAUUUUAAAUGAAAUAAAUAUAUAAGUUGAAGUAUUAAAGUGGUAAUCUGGAGAUCCCUAUGCGAAUACAUGUGCAUUAAUAUCUGACUGCUUCUUUUUUGAGAAUUAUCAUAAUGAUUUAAUCCAAAUGUUAAAAAGAUUUUGCUUUGUCAUAGGUGCAGCACCAUCUCGUGGAGGAUCAUUGGAACGAUUCAUAAAUAAAUGUUAGAAUCAAAAUAUUGAGUGUAAACAACUUAAUAUCCUUCAUGAUACUUAAAUAGUUUUAUUUAAUAUUAUAAAUUGA